ACUGCCCUCGCACAGGACCCUGGGCCAUCUCCCACUGAGUCUUUCGGUUGCGCCCCGCAUGGUGACCACUGGCACUGCGAGGGGCCCGCUGCGCCCCCCACGUCCGCCGCCUCCGUCGUCUCUCCUGGACCAUCCCCGACCGAGUCGGUUGGGUGCGUCCCGCAUGAUGACCACUGCGUGACGGUCUCCAGUGCCGAGUCAGCGAUCGUUUUUACAUCGAGCUCCGCUGUUGGCGCUAUGCCCUCCUCCCACGGCGAGGACCACGCUUCAGGGACGGGUGCACCGCACCCAAGUCCGACGGCAUCCUAUGGCUGUGAGCCGCACGGCGAUCACUGGCAUUGUGAUGGUGCACGGUCAACGACCGGUGGUAUGGCGCCUGGCACAAUUCGAGUGUCCGCGACUCGCACCUCGUCCUCCCUGGCUACGUUUACUGGCGCA